GAUGCAGCGAAUUAACGCGAUCGACGAGGCGCGAGCGGACUCAUCUUACAGGGACCUGUGCUCGCUGGAGACUCUCAGAUCCGGAAAGAAGGGAUUCUUCCGAGAUUUCAGCGAAAACGCGACGCGAGUCGCCGGAGAGCGGUGGAUCUGCCAGGUUUUCGGACGGCUGACCAGCGACGAGCAAAGGAUUCGAGCCAUCUUCACCGAUGCCAAGGUGAAGGACACGGUGUUGGAAACGUUGAAUCGAACGGAGAUUCUGUACCGCGGCAAGGACGCCGACGUGUCCAGAGCGAGGAGGCUCGAGGGAUUCGAGGCCGCGACCGCAGGCGAUCGACGGAAAGCUCUGUUGCUCUUCGGUCAAGCCGUUCUUCGCGCUCCCCUUCCAGGAAAAUGCCGCACGGUCGAUCGAGGUCUCGGACUACCGCUCGCGCUCCUAGCCAGAGCCGAGACGUUUCUCGCCUGCAACGAGCACGAGCUCGCCCUUCGCGAUUUGAGUUUCGUCGAGGAAAUGGACGGCGAUCUGCCCAACGAGUUACGGACGACGUUUGCUCGGACGAAGGAGGCGUGCGAGACGUUCGUACGUGCGAACGGAAAGAAGCUGUUGCUCGCGAGAACAUCGUCGCGAGAUAAAGCUGCGGCCCGAGUGGCCAGCGACGAGAAUCCGCGGCUGCCGGGCGCCUCCAGCUUGCUCGACAUCGAGGAGACGGAGAACGCGGGCAAACGAGCGAUCGCCGCCGAACCGAUCGAACCGGGGGACAGGUUGGUCGUGGAGGCGCCGUACGCGGCUACUCUGCUGCCGGAAUUCUUCGGUACGCAUUGUCAACAUUGUUUCUCGAGAUUCGUAGCACCGAUAGGAUGUCCGGACUGCAGCAGCGUCGCCUUCUGCGGCAGAGAGUGCAGAGACGCGGCGAUGACCAGCUACCAUAAAUACGAGUGCAAAGUUCUCGCGCUACUGAUAGGUAGUAUGGAACGAGCGAUUCUCGAAAUAAUCGAUAUAGACGGUGUUUCGCACCGAGAGGCAACCGCUUUCGUCGUUUCGUCAGGUUCGGGUAUGAGCGUUUUGAGCAUGCUCGCUCUGCGAAUGACCACUCAGAGCGGACUGACCGGCUGCAUCGAGAUCUGCCGCGCGUUAAGUUGCAACGAGAAGGAACAGGUCGCACGACCGUGCACGCAAGCACAGGCGAAACUUAGCAAGUCGGCGAAACGUCGUUCGAGAAGGAGGAAACUGCGCGAUUCGAGACGCGAGCAACCCGCGGAGCAAGUCCCUCGUGGAACGGAGCGAGAGAAACUCGUGGAAGGAGACGCGGCCGAUCUGCGGGUGUACGAUCUCGUUACGCACGAGAAACACAGAACGGCUAAGGAUUUCUUCGAGAGAUCGCUGAUGGCGGCCUUUCUUCUCAAGUGUUUGCAGAGAGUCGGCUUUUUCGAGACAGUGACGAGAGACGGAGAGACGCCCAACGAUCGAGAAAUCGCGGUGGCCGGCCUGCUGCUGAAACAUCUUCAGCUGCUGCAAUUCAACGCUCACGAGGUGUUCGAGACGCGACUCGGAAACGAACAUCGGUUCCGCGGUAGCAGGCCCCUUUACAUCGGGGUGGCCAUCUAUCCGACCGUUGCACGCUUCAAUCACGACUGUUAUCCCGCGGUAACCAGAUACUUCGUCGGUCGAUCUAUCGUGAUUCGGGCGAUUCGCAGUCUCCGAGCCGGAGACGCGGUGGCUGAAAAUUACGGGCCGAUUUUCACCAAACGAAGCCUGGAGGAUCGACGGAGAACUCUCGCCGCGAGAUACUGGUUUCGUUGCGAGUGUACCGCUUGCCGCGAAGAUUGGCCACGCUUCGAGACUUUGACCAACGACAUGGUCAGACUGAGGUGUCCGACCGAGGGAUGCUCCAAGCUACACCCGCGUCCCCGAGAUCCCGACAGAUCCAUCGAAUGUUCGUCCUGUCGACGAAGAAUCAACCUGCGAGAACCGAUGGACCGGGUGCGCGAGUGCGAGCACCUGUACGCCGAGGGAUUCGCCGCGAUGGAGGAGGAACAACCCGAGAGAGCGUUGAAGGCGUUCUUCGAGGCAGCCAGCAAAUUUCACAGAGUGGCCGUACCUCCUCACAAGGACACGCACCUGGCGGAAAUCGCAGCCAGUGCCUGUAUGGCGGACGAAGGCAACGUCUAUCGGCCCGAUUCCUUCCCGAUCGCUUUCCGUGAGUGAAUCUCAGCGGAGCCGAUCGAUUCCGAAACCAACGGGAAAUCGAACGACCGUCGUACGCUCGUUCCAGGCAGCUUUCUCUCAUCUUCAAGGUCGUUCGAAUAAAGAUGUUAAAAAACGUUGAGGAGCGCAACUUCUUUUGCUGAAAUCGCGCGCGAAAGGAUCGGGGAAAAGGGAGAAGAAAGUGAGCUCGACGCAAACGUAAGAAACUUCACCUUCGGUUCGUGAGUUUUGCGAUUUUUUUGGCAUUUAUUUUUUAUAAUGCACAUGUUUCGUGAAAAAAUUAAAUUCCGUAUAUGAAAGUAGCUUUUCAAAGUUUCGCAUUUCGGUACAAAAUUCACUGGGGUUUCGAGGAAAUGAGAAUAUGAAAGAUGCGGAUCGGAAAUCGGACAAGGAAAGGGUAAGGGUAAGGGUAAGGGUGAGGGUGAGGGUGAGGGUGAGGGUAAGGAGAGAUGUAAGGAUAGGGACAAGGACAAAGGUGAAAGCGAAGACAGGGAUAACGGGGAAGGUAAAGAUGAAGGUAAGGGGCAAGGACGAGGAGAGCAGGAUGGAUCGCCGGGGUGGUUUCGAUCGAGCGGCGACACGUGGGACGCGCGCGGCAAACGCGGCGCAUCCGUGUCGCGACCGGCAAGAUUUACGUCUCCUCCUUUACGUGUAAUUAGACGACUACCCUCUCUCUCUCUCUCUCUUCUUCGAGACACGGGAGCGUUCUCUCGAUUCUCCCCUUUCUUUCGCUCCUUUUUCUUUUUUCAUCAUCCGUUCCGUCCCGCGCGCUCCGGGACGACUCUCUCAUCAUCGAGAUCGCUCCUCGCGAAAAGCUGAAUUAAAACUAAUUGACUGUCGCAGCGAGUGGUACGCGAAUCGUGACGCGCGACCUUCUCGAUCUCGUUCCUCGUGGAGAAACGAGCGCGAUUUCAAAGACACGCGCCGCGCUAGGGGGAACGAUACGAGAGUAUCGAGAGCGCCGAGUACGAUUCCUACUCGACGCAUUUCCACAGGCCUUCGAAACGCGAACGCGCCGACGUUACAAUUCGUUCGAGGGAUCACCGUUCGCGACCGUGCGCGCUCCGUGCUCGCCGUUCACUUCAAACGCGGUACAAGUUCGACGUUACGUUGCCUGCUAGCAUACUGGUCCGCGCACGACUCCUCUUUUUUUUCUCUUUGCUUCUAUUUCUUUUUUAAUUCCGAUAUUCACUUCCAACACAUGCAUCGUUCUUUUUUCCGCAUACAAUUACAACGUUCUGCGUCCAGGAGUCGUUUACCUUAUUUUCUUU